AAAAAUCAAUCCGAAUGUAACGUCCCCCUCCCCAACUCCCCCAAAGUAAAAAAAAAAAAUCUUUACAAAAAAUACUCUCACACUCCCUCUCUCUCUCUCCGUCGCAUCUUCAAUGGCGGAGCAAACCGCCGCCGCCGCCAGUUCAGCAACCUCAGCUCCACCGCCUACACCGCCACUAAUCCAGAACUUCCCGGACGAUAUCUCAAUCCAAAUCAUUGCCAGAGUGCCGCGCUUCCGCCACCCCUUUCUCUCUCUAGUCUCAAAACCGUGGCACGCCGUCGUCAAUUCGCCCGAGCUCUUCCGCACCCGAUCCCUCCUCCGCACAUCCCAAUCCUCUCUCUACCUCAAUCUCCGGAUCAAUUCUUCUUUCAACUGGUAUUCCGAGCAAAAUCCCCAAAAUUCGAAACGCAGCUUCACCCCCAUCCCCUCAAUCCCCCAGCACCCCGUCGGAUCAUCGAUUUUAGCUCUGGGCCCCAAAAUAUACGUAAUUGGUGGCUCAAUUAGCGAUAUUCCGUCGAAUAAUGUCUGGAUCUUCGAUUGUAGGUCAAAUAAUUGGGAGAUGGGGAGUAGAAUGAGAGUAGCUCGUGAAUUUUCCGCGGCGGGGGAAUUGAAUGGGAAGAUAUAUGUGAUGGGCGGGUGCAAUGUCGAUAAUUGGUCGCGAUCGAUCAACUGGGCGGAGGUUUUUGAUCCGGAGACGGGGUUGUGGGCUGCAAUUCCGAGUGAGAUUGAGCUGAGGGAUAAGUGGAUGCACGCGAGCGCGAUGAUUGGGACUAGGUUUUACGCAAUGGCGGAUAGAGGUGGUGUCGUUCUUGACAUCGGCCGCGGGGGGUGGGGGAAUGUGCCUAAGAGGUUGGAUUUAGGGUGGAGGGGUCGGGCCGCGGUGGUGGACAAUGUGCUGUAUUGUUACGAUUAUUUGGGGAAGAUCCGCGGGUAUGAUGUGGAGGAGGAUGUGUGGAAGGAGUUGAGAGGGGUGGAGAAAGGGCUGCCGAAGUUCUUGUGCAGUUCGACAAUGGUGAAUUUGGAUGGGAAGCUGUGUGUGGUGUGGGAAGGGAAAGGAAAUGGGAAAGAGGUGGAUAUAAUGUGUGCGGAGAUUGAGGUGAGGAGGGAUGCGGAUGGAGGUCUGAGUGGCGCAAUAUUGAGGUUGGAUGUGAUUCUUGUCGUCCCUAGAGGGGCUACGAUCUCUCAUUGCUUGGCUGUUGAGUUUUGAUGGGUUUAGGGUUUAGGUUUUAGGAUUUAGGGUGGAUAUUGAUUGAGGCGAAGAGAGAUGCAAUGCGGAGAUUGAAUGAUAAGGCUGGAGGAAGGAUCAUGAGAAUGACGAUGCUUCAGGUGGAGAACGAACAAUCAAUAUCUAAAUUGGAGGGAAGAAAAAUCUCCGAAUGCAUGUGAAUGUGGUUGAGUAGCUGGAGAAUUGUUCGAGUGGUUCGUGCUGAAGAUCUUGAACUGAUCAAGGACUCCAGCAAGUGCGCAGCCUGUGAGCGCAAGGCUCUCGACUUUUUGCCAUCAUCCCAAAGGGAGUGAAGUUGUCUAUGCCAUUGAGCAUCUCGACCAGAAAUGACGAUAUCUUUGUACUAAUAAUACGUUGAUCUCCACAAAGUUUUGUUGUUUUUCUGUAUUUCCUCUUCUUGUGUUGUGUCUAUACAAUAAUGUAAUAAUUUUUAGAUUAUUGCUCACAGAAAAUGAUUCAAACGAGAACCCUUAAUUAUUGUAAAAAUUCACAGUUCUUCGAUUAUCAAAUUCUACGGUAGAUGUAUGAUCUUGAUA